AUGACGUCCAGGACAACACGUAACAGCCAAGUGCCGGCUUUUGAUGCCAUGAUUUCUCCUGUUGAAAGCAACCCGUCCAGUUCGGCGGCGAACUCUAGUUUGCCUAGUACAGGGUCAGCGGACCCAUCUGCAACGUCCCAAUUACCUAUGUCGGACCAGCCUUCUCCUGCCUUUCUGGCCGCCGUUGUAAGUGCUGUCAAGCAAGCGCUAGCGGCCGAGCAAACUUCGAAUCUGCCUUCAACGCCUGCCACUAGUUUUGCUUCAAGCGUGCCAAUGGCGGCCUAGCUUGGGGGAAUUCCUGGUUCGCGUUCGUCUUCGUCUUCUACUGGCCAACUCGAUGCCCAAGCCUCAAGCUUGGCAGCCUCUGGCGUUGGUUUUUCGUCUGUCUCACCAGCUGUUUCCGCUGCCACGGUCCAAGGUAGGCCUGAUUUUGUUGUACCUGCUUUUGUUACUACAGUUGCCUCACCGAUAACCGCCGUUACGCUUUCUACCAAUACUGCCGCCGUGACCGCUUCGCCUAGCGUCGGUAGUAUUUCUUCGCUGGCCCAGACGUCUAUUUUGCAGCAGCCCUUUGUCGUGGGCCCCGGCUUUUCACCGGUGCCUGCAAAACUUGUGAGCCAGAUCGUUGCUUUCAAGUUUGUCGAGUUGCACGAACUGCUUUCUACGAACUUGGUGCUAAAUGAGCCCGAACCUCAAUUGCUGUUUGACGGGCGGCUGGUGCUUACGUCGACUCCAAAAAAGCCCAAGCGACGCGUUGACGACAUAACCAGUUGGUUGGAAGCCUUUUCGAUUUAUUGUCUGAUUUUAUCCUCCCAUUUCCUGCAUCGCUGGAAGGAUUUGAUGCAGUAUCAGCUGCUCAUUCUCCGGACUCGCCGUCAGUUCGCUGGCCGAGUUUGGUUAGCGUAUGAUCGGGCUUUGCGGGAACACGCUGCUGCCUCGAACCUCACAGAUUGGUCAACCAUCAAUGUGCAGUUGUUUAAUUUCCAUGCAGCUGGGGCUUCGGUACGCUCUCUCGGGGAACUUUCGGAGGAGUUUUCUGAGUCCCGCGGCGCACCGUCUUCGCUCAUUAUUUGCAAGUCUUGGAAUCGAGGCCAUUGUGUUGCUCCCUCGUCGUCGUGCCGCUCUGCUCACAAAUGCUCUAGUUGCUUUGGCCCGCAUCGUGUUGGAGCCUGCCGUGGUGAGGCAUCAAGCCAGUCUCGUCCUUCUUCCAAACGGCCGGUUGAUGCUUCCCCUCUCCGUUCAAGCAGCAAGUCUAGGUGCUAG